AUGCUGCGCCACCGCGGAGCGCUGGUGCUGCCGCUGCGGCCGCUGCUGGCGCGCCGCGCGACAUCCGACACCCCCCGCCGCCUGGACCUGGACGAUCUGCUGGGGCAGCGGCUGCGCGAGACGGCGCGCGAGCUGUCGGUGGAGGUGCUGCCGGCGCUCAAGGUGCUGGCUGAGAGCCUGGGGCUGCUGCGCCAGAGCCCCGCGCUGCGCAGCUGGAGCGCCUCCGACUGGCUCGUGGGACUGUCCGUGCUGGCCCAGUACAAGACGCGCCAGCGCGCGGGCGGGCUGCAUGACGAGGCGCACAAGAAGCCGCUCGUGAUGGACCAGAAAUUGCUGUCCAAGCUGCUGCGCUACGUGCGCGUGUGCGACGCCGUGUACGCGUCGACGGUGGCCGGCUUCUGCGAGGAGGCCGGCGUGCCCCGAGAGCGCGUGCUGCGCGCGCACCCGGGCGGAGUGGUGUCGCCCAAGUGCGUCAUCGUGGCCGACCACGAGCACCGGGAGCUGGUGCUGGCGGUGCGCGGCACGGCGUCGCUGCUGGACUUCUGCACGGACCUGUGUCUGCAGAACGAGCCGUUCCUAGCCGGCCAGGGCCACCGCGGCAUGGUGCACGCGGCCACGUGGCUGGUGCGCCACCUCCGCAACGAUCUGCAGGAGCUCUCUCAGCAGUACCCGGACUACCGCGUCGUGGCGACGGGCCACAGUCUGGGCGCGGCCGUGGCGGCGCUCAGCGCCAUGCAGCUGCGGGACGAGUUCCCGAGCAUCCACUGCUACGCGUUCGGCACGCCCGCCUGCGUCACGCGGGAGUUGGCGACGGAGAGCUACGACCUCGUCACGACGGUCGUGAAUGGCUACGACUGCGUGCCGCGCUUGCACCAGCACUCGCUGCUGGAUCUGCAGGAGGAGAUCCAGCGCUUCGACUGGCGGGCAGCGCUGCGGCAAAUGGUGCAGGAGGAGAUUCGCAAGCAGAAACUGGCGAUCGAGAAGCAGCAACGCGCCAAGUUGGAGGAGCUACAGGCGGCACUGAGGAAACUGGAUCGCCUCCAGAUCAAGCAGAGGACGAGCGAAGCAACGGCGAAGCUGGAUGAAGUCAAAAGGGUGCGGUGA